AUGGACGACAGGAUUAGUAUGUUGCCCAAUGAAAUCCUGUGUCACAUUCUCUCUUUUCUGCCAACUGAAGAUGUUUAUGCCACAACUGUUCUUUCAAAGAGAUGGAUGCAUCUCCCCCUCGUAGUUCCCACUCUCGACAUCAAUGAUCAACGCUUUAUGGAAACCCGAAGUAAAUCCUAUCCCAACUUCAUGAUGAUGGUGUGUGCAACCCUUUUCGCACAAAUGGUGCCAAGAUACAUUGAAAAUAAGAUUCCUAUCACAAGAGUAACCAUUUCUUUAUAUGCAGGAGUGGAAACUACCCUUUUUAAGAAUUCUUUAACCGCAUUAGCCGAACGUGGAAUGAGCCAUCUUGAACUCUUAUUAUUCCUUCCAUGUUCUCCUUGUUUCAUUUUCAGCUUUAGAACUCUUGUAGUUCUCAAGUUGAAAGAGAUAAGUUUUAAUGAAUUUUCUACUGUUGUUGAACUUGCAUCACUCAAGAUUCUUCAUUUGUUUAAGGUUUACUUCAAGCAACGAUGGUAUCUUUCUGAACUUCUUAAUGGGUGUCCGAUUCUUGAGGAAUUUGAAGCAAAAGAUUUAACUUUAAUGUAUGAAUGGGGGUUUCAUGGAGAUAAGGAUAAGUUUAUAAGAUUAUCCAAUUUGAUCAGGGCAAACAUUAAUAACAUAUACCCUUUUUAUCAUAUUCCUCCUCUCACUGCCUUGUCUAACGUUCAGUUCCUGCGCUUGGAAGAGGUGUAUGAUCGUGGUGUUUUUUCCAAUUUAACUCAUUUGGAGCUUGUGUUUGCGAGAAUGAAGCCUGAUUGGUACAUGGUAUAUGGAAUGCUCAAUGAUUGUCCAAAUCUUCGAUAUUUUCUCUUUGACAAGCCUCAACUUCUGAAACAAUUUGACCAAAGAUGGUUUGAGCCGCGCGUUGUUCCUAAAUGUUUUUCCUCGCAGUUUAGAAAGUGUAAAGUAACAAACUAUAGAUAUGAAUUGGAAUUUGUGAAGUAUAUUAUUAAGAACUCAACAUCAAUGGAGUCUGUGAUCCUCCACACUCCUCCUUUCAUUGAUCCAUUCGACAAGCUUGAAGUUCUGAAUGAAUUAUUCUCUGUUGUAGGAUGCUCUCCAACAUGUGAGAUUAUUUUUAUUUGA